AUGUCAUUUAAAAAAUAUGACUGCUACGAGUGGGAGGAAAAGUCACCGAAACACGAGUGCAAUCUGCCAUCGAACGAGAAGUGGUCGAUCCACGGCAUCUGGCCGACCCAGAACCACACGAUGGGCCCGUUCUUCUGUAAUGAGUCGUUGCACUUUGAUUUGGCCGCCCUCGAGCCGUUGAGAGCCAAGCUGGAGGUCAAGUGGAUCGACUUGCACAAAGGCGGAAAGCCGCACGAGUUCUGGAAGCACGAGUGGGAGAAGCACGGCACGUGCGCCAUCGACAUCGAGGAGGUGAGCAACGAAAAAAAGUACUUCCAGAAGGGCCUCGAUUUGAUCGAGAAAUACGACAUGAAGGGGGUGCUGGCUCAGGCUGGCUUGGCGCUCAAUCGGUCCUACGAUCUGCAAGAUUAUUUGGCAGCCGUCAAAAAGGUCUUGGGCACUAAUGCCUACGUCGAGUGCGUCAGAAAUCACAAAAAGAACGAGUCUUACGUAUCGGAAUUAAGAAUAUGCUUCGACAAGAAAUUCCAGCUGAUCGAUUGCAACGGCAUCCCCGAAUUUCCGAGCAAUUGCAAACGCAGCGACAAAAUAAUCUAUCCGGCCUGUCCACCAGAAUUAAUCGCUCCGCCGACGGUUAAACAAGUUUGACGCGCGCUUGCCAAUAUCAUCAAUAUUAAUCGAGUGCGAGAGGCAGUGUCGGAUUUUUUUCAUUC